AUGGCCCAACAAGAAGAAGAAGAAGAAUCGGUGACUCUGGAGAAGAUCGACUCCCGGGACCCUCUCACCAAAGAGAUUGAUUUGGUGGAAAGAGACCCCAGGCAGAUCAACCAAGAGGUGGUCAAGGUAGACUUUGAAGAUGUGAUUGCUGAGCCGGAGGGCACCCACAGCUUUGAUGGAGUGUGGAAAGCCAGCAAUACCACCUUUACCGUCAGCAAGUACUGGUGCUACCGGAUUCUGUCGGGGGUGCUGGGGGUGCCCCUCGCCUUGCUCUGGGGCUUCCUCUUUGCCUGUGUUUCUUUCUGCCACAUCUGGGGGGCCGUGCCUUGCAUCAAGAGCUACUUCAUAGAGGUGCAGUGCUGUGGGCGCUGCUAUGCCUUGUGCAUUCGUACCUUCUGCGACCCCCUCUUUGAAGCGGUGGGAAAAGUUUGCAGCGACGUCCGAGUGGCCCUGCGCAAGGAACGCGCGAAGGACUGAGUCCUCUCCUUUGGAUCAGGACAGGAUUCUGGCUUCAUCUUCCUUCACUUGACCCACUCAGGUGGGAUAGUAGCUCAGCUGGAAUCCUGAGUCUCUCAAUCUACCGACCGAGGUGGAAGCAACCUGGCUGAUGGAACUUUAAUUCCCUGCCCCCAACAAAUUACUCCCUCUUUUGGAUUAGCCAGUUGUUAAGGUGGAAAAAAACAUACACACUACACUCUAAACAUCUCUCUCUUAUUCUCUCCCUCACUCAUAGACACACACACACACACACGUGUCACAACUUAGUGGCAAGUUCUUCUACAGAAGCCCUAUUGAAAUAAGUACCUGUGCAGGAGAAUAGCUAUAAGAGUUCUGCAGGGAAGCCACAACAAGCACUUGGCCUGGGGGUCAUUUCAGCACCUUAGCUUCCCCGUCCUGGCACCUUCCAGAUGUGCCACGAUGACAGUACCCAGAAUUUUCCAGCAGCCUGGCUGCAGAAUUCUGUAAGUUGCUGUUCCAAGGGAUGUGGAGGGGGCCAGUUGGAGUAAAGCUAUCAUAUCUGGGAUACACAAUUCCAAUAUUGCCCUAAAUUGGAAAAAGUUGAUCUAUUCUUCUAGGAAGCCAUUUCAGAGAAGCUCUGAGUACAGCACUAAAGCCUUACAUCUCACAAUUUUAUUCCUCUCUCUCUGGCAUUUACUAUAUUAUAGUUUUAGCCAACUCAUCUCACAUCACCACUGUGGUACCUUUUCUUUGAAAUCAGCCUGUAGACAUAAAAUUAGUCAAUCAGUGCUGCUUUUUCCUAAGCCUUAAUGCUAAUUCCUGCUUUGAACCAGACACUGACCAUUUUCUAAAAUUAAAAAACAAUAAAUG